CCGCCGCGGGGAGGCCGCGCGCACCUGUCGUUGCCCGUCUUGCCACCCGCGGCCGCUCGGACGCGCGCACCGCGCCCCGCUCGCUGCCCCAGCCGAGCGCCCCGAGAGCGAGCGAGCGAGCGAGCUGGAGAGCGAGAGAGCGAGCGUGCCAAGCCAGCGCCUCGAGUCUAGAUCAUGACUUCUGCCUUCAAGCUGGAUUUCCUCCCGGACAUGAUGGUCGAAGGCCGCCUGCUAGUUCCCGAUCGCAUUAACGGCACAGCCAGCAAGAUGAAUGGGGCCUUGGAUCAUUCCGACCAGCCGGACCCAGAUGCUAUAAAGAUGUUUGUGGGACAGAUCCCCAGGUCCUGGUCGGAGAAGGAGCUCAAAGAACUUUUUGAACCUUACGGCGCCGUCUACCAGAUCAAUGUCCUGCGAGACCGGAGCCAGAACCCUCCCCAGAGUAAAGGUUGUUGUUUCGUAACAUUUUAUACAAGAAAAGCUGCACUUGAAGCCCAGAAUGCACUGCACAAUAUCAAAACGUUACCUGGGAUGCAUCAUCCCAUCCAGAUGAAACCCGCAGACAGUGAGAAAUCCAACGCCGUGGAGGAUCGGAAGCUGUUCAUAGGGAUGGUCUCCAAGAAAUGCAACGAGAACGACAUUCGGGUCAUGUUCUCGCCCUUUGGCCAGAUCGAAGAAUGCCGCAUCCUGCGGGGGCCCGAUGGGCUAAGCCGAGGCUGUGCGUUUGUCACAUUUUCUACAAGGGCAAUGGCACAGAAUGCAAUCAAAGCCAUGCACCAGUCUCAGACCAUGGAGGGCUGCUCCUCGCCCAUCGUGGUCAAGUUCGCUGACACGCAGAAGGACAAGGAGCAGCGACGCCUGCAGCAGCAACUGGCCCAGCAGAUGCAACAGCUCAACACUGCCACGUGGGGGAACCUGACCGGCCUGGGCGGCCUCACCCCGCAGUACCUGGCGCUCCUGCAGCAAGCCACCUCCUCCAGUAACCUGGGCGCCUUCAGCGGCAUUCAGCAGAUGGCCGGCAUGAAUGCACUGCAGCUCCAGAACCUGGCCACGCUGGCGGCAGCUGCUGCCGCAGCCCAGACCUCAGCCACCACCACCAACGCCAACCCCCUGUCCACCACAAGCAGCGCCCUGGGCGCCCUCACCAGUCCGGUGGCGGCUUCGACCCCCAACUCAACGGCUGGCGCUGCCAUGAACUCUCUGACCUCUCUGGGGACUCUGCAGGGCCUGGCAGGGGCCACGGUCGGGCUGAACAACAUUAAUGCGCUAGCAGGUAUGGCGGCUCUGAACGGAGGACUUGGCGCCACGGGCUUGACGAAUGGCACGGCGGGCACCAUGGACGCCCUCACGCAGGCCUACUCAGGGAUCCAGCAGUACGCGGCCGCGGCACUGCCCACUCUGUACAGCCAGAGCCUGCUGCAACAGCAGAGCGCGGCGGGCAGCCAGAAGGAAGGCCCAGAGGGCGCGAACCUCUUCAUCUACCACCUCCCGCAGGAGUUUGGAGACCAGGACAUCCUGCAGAUGUUCAUGCCUUUCGGAAACGUCAUCUCUGCGAAAGUCUUCAUUGACAAGCAGACCAACCUGAGCAAGUGCUUUGGCUUCGUCAGCUACGACAAUCCUGUGUCCGCACAAGCUGCUAUCCAGGCAAUGAACGGCUUCCAGAUCGGCAUGAAGCGCUUGAAGGUGCAGCUGAAACGCUCCAAAAACGACAGCAAACCUUAUUGAUCCGAACCCGAGGCUCCCUGCUCUUAUGUUAGCUUUCUUAGGGUAAGUCCCGCGGGCCAGCCUGUGGUCGACAGGAAAGACAGAGGAGGACACACUGCCAGCUUGUACCGAGAGAGACAGUUAUUUUUACAAUAAGGCCUCCAGCCCCCUCCCGCCCCCCCAGUUCGCCAUGACGAAACCUUGGGCUAUCUUGUUUCUAUUGAGUAAACUCCUCCAGUCGUGCCCUCGUCUUCUCCUUUGGUUUGCAGUUCCAAUCUCCUUUGACCUUUUUCCAUUCUCCUUUGUUUUUUUGAGUUUCUGUGGGAUUUUUUUUUCUUUUCGCUUUUUCAAAGGAAAAAAAAAAAAACCAACACAUACACACACAGAUAAAUGCCACCUUGAGAAUUUAAAAGGCAAACAAAGGCAAAUGCGCACUGUGCCAAGGGCGCUGCCUGGAGAACGUGCCCUUCCUUCUGGGUGCCAAUCCCUGAGGAGGGCCCUGCUCAGAGGAGGCAACAGCCGAUGGCCUAGGGGAGAGGAAAGCAGACAGGACGUCUUUCCACUACAUCCAGGUCCUUCAUUCAGCAGGAUUUUGAUUCGAGGGUUCAAAGAAACAUGACAUUUAUGGGUCAGAUUAUUACACUGGUUGUCUAUUUUGUUAGUAUUAAUUUUAGUUUUUAGAAAGGAUUAAUGUACAAAAAAAAAGAUUUAGAGAUCUGUUUCUUAAAACUACAGGGUUUAAAAAUAAAAUAAAAUGAAGUGAAAAUACUUGAUGUUUCUUGAAAGAUAAAUUUAAUAAUAAAUAAAUAAUACAUAAAUAAUACAUAAAUAAAAAAAGAAAGCCACAGGCCUGUAAAUUUUAUUUGUAGAAAAAGCAUUUCUAUUUUUGUACAAAAUUUUUACUGCCUCAGAAAUAAUGGAAGUUAUUUAUUGCCUAUUGUUAACUUAUUGGGUAUCUAAAGAGCAGUUCUCUGUGCUAGCGAGAUUCUUUCGAAGUAGUCUCUAGAGGAAUCGUGGUAGGAAGGAAUGGGCUUUUCUUCACCGUCGAACCCUAGGCCUGAAGUUCAUGCUUUCCCUCCCGUGUGUUCGUGUGUCUGAUGGUCUGUGCGUGACGUCCAUGACCGAGUUUCCAGUCUGACUUUUCCCCCUCCCCGUAUGUCACCUCCGUCUGAGCUGGAACCUGCCCCCUGUCCCCACCCCACCCUGUCCCCCACCCUGGCCCCCCGGGAAUCCAUCCCCUCCCUCUCUGGAUGGAUUCUCCAGGCGGGCAGAGAUGCAAACGGCGUGGUUGGCUGUGGGCCCCGGACCUCAGAUUUGCAUUAGUUUCCUGCUGCCCCUAAGACUGAUGUUGUUGCUGCCACUCCUGUAGCUCCUGUGUAACUUUUGACUCUCCCUUGUUUUCUCCUUAGACAUCUCCAUGCCCGUUAGUUCACCGUUUGCCUAGCAUGUCCCUGUGGCGUCUCAAAAAGUUUCAUCGUCCCGUCAUUGUUUCUGAUGUCUUUCUGACCUCACAUCAUAUUUGGUUCUCCUACUGACCUUUGACCUAGUUUGACCUUUGAGAUUUGCAUGUGACCUCAUCUAGUUCUGAAUUCUGGGAAGUCAAUGUGGAUAAAAAAAAAAAAAAAACCACACAAAAAACCAUCACCAACAACAUUGCUGCAUUUGUGCAAGACUGAAAUUGAUGAUUAGACAAGUUAAUAAGGGGGGGAAACCUAUAUGGCAAAAAUGUUUUUUAUUUCUAAUUAUUUUUCUUUUCAUAAAAACAGACUUGAAAGUAUUAUACAGGGAUUGGCAUUCUUCCUGGUCACUGAUGACAAUAGCAAUAUGUGACCAGGAACCAGAAUGUUGGUUUCUAACAGACUACUUCCAAAACAGUUGGAGAAAUAAUAAUAAUAAUAAAAAAAAAAACUGUCUGAUCUUAAGUCUCCAGAGCUCUGUAAGAGUUUUUACAUUUUUCAGGCAGUGUAAAGUUUUUUGAUAAGGCCAUUUUAGGUGGCUCACUUUCUCAUUAAGAUAUAUAUAUAUAGAACCACUUUUUUGUAGAUUAGUAUAAGAAAACUAUUUACCCUGUUUUGGGGCAAAUGCUACCUAUUGUGUCACCUUUUGCUGAACUGACUCACAGUUAGACAAUCCAUGGUUUGACGCACAUGAAAUUACCUAUAUUUUAUACUGUUUCAAUGUACAGGAGAGGGGUUACUGUAAACUGUUCCGUUGGUGCUUCUGUGAAUUCAGUUGUGGUUUCAUCAUGAGUCUUACGGUCUUAAUGUUCUUUGUUGAUAAGACAAGUUUAGAAUUGGUUUUCUUAAAACAACAACAAAAAAAGAAUUUCAAAAAAAAAAAGUUGUUUGCUUAAAAAAAAAAUUUCAUGUGAGGGGGGGAAAAAUAAUCUAUUCCAGAAUAAGUUUUGUGUUGGCUUGUAAAGCAUUGAUGUCCUUUUUUUAAUUGUGAAAACUAUUUAGAUGUGUUUGUGUUCAGCAAAAUGUGAUUUCUUUUUCUUUUAAAGAAAAAAAGUGAAAAAUAUAUAGUGCCAAAUUCCAAAGGUACUUCCUUUCCUUCCUAGA